AUGUCGGCCUCCGCCUGCGCCCUGAUCCUGACAAAGCCAGAGACCGCGGACCGGAGGAGGAGUGUAGGGACGGCUCAACAGGCCGUGUGUCCCCCGGAGAUGGCUGUGUCGGAGCCCGGGAGCAGCGCCGCGGGAUCGGUAACAUUCAAAGAUGUGACUAUGGGCUUCACCAAGAAGGAAUGGGAGCAACUAGAUCCUGCUCAAAAGAGCCUGUACAAGGAUGUGAUGCUGGAGAAUUACAGCAACCUAGCCUCAUUGGGGUAUCAAGCUCUCAAACCAGACAUGAUAGCCAAGUUGGGAAAAGGAGAAGAGCCAUGGCUGGGGAAGGGGAAAAGACCCAGACAAGGUGGUCUGAGUGAAAUAGCAAGACCCAAGGGAAUAGGAGCCAAUGGAAAAGAAGUCCAGCAAGAUGAUGACCAGCUAGAGAACCACCAGGAAUCUCAAAACAAACUCCUUGGGGAAGUUGCUUUCAAGAAAACAACUCUGACUAAGAAAAAGGGCCAUGAAUGUAGUUCAUUGAGGAAAAAAAAUGUGAGUACAAAAUAUGUUCCUUCAAAAAAAAAGCUUCUUAAAUUUGAUUCACAUGGAAAGAAUUUAGACUUACCUGGUCAUGUAAGAAAUUAUGUAGAAAAGAAACCUGAUGUAACUAAAAAGCAUACGAAAUCAUUCAGCCAUGGCUUAUCUGAUACAAAGAAAGACAAAAAUCAAACUGGAAAAAAAUGUGAGAAAUUACCCAACCAUAGCUUAUCUAAUAGGCCUGACAAAACUCAAACUGGCAAGAAACAUACUGAACGGGACAAAAUUCAAACUGGAGAAAAACAUAAGGAAUCAUCCAGCCGUAGCUCAUCUCCUACUAAGCGUGACAAAACUCAGAAUAAAGUGAAACCAUAUGAAUGUAAUGAAUGUGGGAAGGUUCUCAGCCACAAACAAGGACUCAUUGACCAUCAGAGAAUUCAUACAGGUGAGAAACCAUAUGAAUGUAAUGAAUGUGGGAUAGCCUUUAGCCAAAAAUCACACCUUGUUGUACACCAGAGAACUCACACUGGAGAAAAACCAUAUGAGUGUAUUCAGUGUGGCAAAGCCCAUGGUCAUAAACAUGCCCUCACUGACCAUCUGAGAGUUCAUACUGGGGAAAAGCCCUAUGAAUGUACUGAAUGUGGGAAAACCUUCAGACAUAGCUCAAACCUUAUUCAACAUGUGAGAUCUCAUACAGGCGAGAAGCCCUAUGAAUGUAAGGAAUGUGGAAAGUCCUUUAGGUAUAACUCAUCUCUUACGGAACAUGUGAGAACUCAUACAGGUGAAAUACCAUACGAAUGUAAUGAAUGUGGAAAAGCCUUUAAGUAUAGCUCAUCCCUUACUAAACAUAUGAGAAUUCAUACAGGUGAGAAACCCUUUCAAUGUAGUGAAUGUGGGAAAGCUUUCAGCAAGAAGUCACACCUCAUUAUACAUCAAAGAACUCAUACUAAAGAGAAACCCUAUAAAUGUAAUGAAUGUGGAAAAGCCUUUGGACAUAGCUCAUCUCUUACUUACCAUAUGAGAACUCAUACAGGUGAAAGUCCUUUUGAAUGCAAUCAAUGUGGGAAGGCUUUCAAGCAAAUUGAAGGUCUUACUCAACAUCAGAGAGUUCAUACUGGCGAGAAGCCCUAUGAAUGUACUGAAUGUGGGAAAGCCUUUACCCAAAAGUCACACCUCAUUGUACAUCAGAGAACUCAUACUGGGGAGAAACCCUAUGAAUGUAAUGAAUGUGGAAAAGCAUUCAAUGCAAAGUCACAACUUGUUAUACAUCAGAGAUCCCACACUGGAGAGAAACCUUAUCAAUGUAAUGAAUGUGGAAAAGCCUUCAAACAAAAUGCAUCCCUUACUAAACAUAUGAAAACUCAUUCAGAAGAGAAAUCUCAUGAGUGA